AAACGCCCACCAAACGGAAUGUUUUUGGGAUUUGUUGUUGAGCUGAGCGGACCUAGGAAGUUUCUGUUAGUCCUAUAAUAAGUGCUUGUUUUGACCGUGUACAUUUCAGUAAAAGUUUAACAAUCCACCAUUUAAACAAAUGUUAAGUGGAAUUUCAUCAUUCUGGAAAUCCCCGGUAUACGUAGUGUAGUUAGCGUUAAGGCUUAAGCUAGCAGCAAUGAAUCAAUAGCUAAUAACAGUAGUAGCGCUAGCUGUUUAGCUAGUGACAUCUCAUCUUCAGUAUGGACUGUAGCGCGCUGGAGGUGGACGCAGUGAAAUUCGCAAAAUCGGCGGUGUUGCACGAUCAGAAAGGAAAAUACAAUGAGGCUAUUUUCUUUUACAAGGAGGCAGCACAAGCUCUUAUCUACGCUGACAUGGCAGGAUCCAAACUGGACAACAUUCAGGGAAAGGUGAAUGAGUAUCUGGAACGAGUACAGACUUUACUCAAUGCUGUUCAAGCUCAGAGCAGUGACCCUUUAAAGACCAAGCAUCAGCUGGAUCUGGAGCGUUCAUAUUUUCUGGUAACCCAAGCAUUUGAAGAGGAUGAGAAGGGUAACAGUGAGGAAGCCAUUGAGCUCUACACACAGGCUGUGGAACUUUGCAUUCAAGCUUCCAGUGAGACCUCGGAUCAAAUACUGCAGGGUAAACUGAAGCAGCUAGCUCGACAGGCACUGGACAGGGCAGAAGGGCUAAAAGAUGCUAUUUCAAAACCUGGACCCCAGGAAAAAUCCAAUUCCUCCACUGUUAAAGGUCCUGCGCCUGUAAGGCAGUACCUACCCCUGGGUCCAGAUUUCUCCCUCCAUGACAAACCACAGCCGAUGCGAGCAGUGCAGUCUAGUGAGCCACAGGGCCAGCGAUACACGCAGGAGGAGAUUGAAGUGCUCAGGAAGACUUCCAAGAUAAAUGGAAUUGAAUAUGUGCCCUUCAUGAAUGUUGACCUAAGGGAACGCUUUGCCUUUCCUGUUCCAUUUUCGGAUAAAUGUGGAAAGCUAGCCUUAUCUCCUAAACAGACAGCCAUCUUCUCUCGUUGGGUCCGACCUGAUGACAUUUGCAACAAUCCCACUAUGAUUUUUACUGUGUCGAGCUUCAGCAUCAAACAGACCGUGGUAUCAGAUUGUUCUUUUGUUGCCUCUUUGGCCAUUAGCGCAGCAUAUGAAAGACGAUUUAACAAGAAGCUAAUCACAAGCGUCAUUUAUCCGCAGAACAGGAGGGGUGAGCCAGAGUAUAACCCAUGUGGAAAAUACAUGGUGAAACUACACAUCAAUGGCGUCCCUAGAAAGGUGAUCAUUGAUGAUUUCCUCCCAGUGGACCGCAAUGGUGAGCUGCUCUGCUCCUACUCAAGUAACAGAAAUGAGCUGUGGGUUUCCCUCAUAGAGAAAGCUUACAUGAAGGUGAUGGGUGGAUAUGAUUUCCCUGGCUCCAACUCUAAUAUUGACCUACAUGCGCUGACUGGCUGGAUUCCAGAACGCAUUGCUAUGCACUCAGACAAUCAGUCCUUUAGCAAGGAUGACACCUUUCGCAUGCUUUACCAAAGGUUUCACAAAGGCGAUGUCUUAAUCACUGUAGCGACAGGUGUAAUGACGGAGGAGGAAGGCGAGAGGUGGGGCUUAGUGCCCACACAUGCGUAUGCUGUGUUAGACAUCAGGGAAUACAAGGAAAAGCGUUUCCUGCAGCUGAAGAACCCUUGGAGUCAUCUCAGGUGGAAGGGCCGCUACAGCGAACGGGAUGAGAAGAACUGGACACCAGAUCUUCUUAAGUACCUCAAGUUUGACCCCAACACUGCACAAAAGUUUGAUAACGGUGUGUUCUGGAUCAUCUGGGAAGACUUAUGCCAAUACUAUGAUGUCAUCUACCUGAGCUGGAAUCCUGCUUUGUUCAGAGAGUCCUCUUGCUUACACAGUAGCUGGGAUGGAAAACAGGGUCCAGUGAAAGAUGUUUAUUCUUUGGCCAAUAACCCUCAGUACAAGUUGGAGGUGCAAUGUCCACAAGGUGGAGCUGCAUUGUGGGUGCUACUAACCAGACACAUCACAGACAAGGAUGACUUCGCUCAAAACCGGGAGUUCAUCACGUUAGUGGUUUACAAGAAUGAUGGCAGGAAGGUUUAUUAUCCAAGUGACCCUCCUCCUUAUAUUGAUGGCAUCAGGAUCAACAGCCCUCAUUACCUGACCAAGAUUAAACUGACCAGUCCUGGAACUCACACAUUUACACUGGUUGUGUCUCAAUAUGAGAAGCAAAAUACCAUCAACUACACAUUAAGGGUCUACUCAUUGUGCAAGUUUAAUUUCUCCAAAAUUUCAUCACCUUUCUCCCAAACAAAGAGGAUAAAUGGCCAAUGGAAAGGGAUCACUGCAGGAGGCUGUGGUAACUAUAAGGACACCUACAAGCAUAACCCAAUCUACCAGUUCAACAUGGACAAAUCUGGACCUCUGCUCAUUGAGCUCCGAGGCUCCAGGCAGUACAGUGUGGGUUUUGAGGUACUGACAGUGUCUGCUGGAGGAGAUGCGGGAACUUCAGGUGCCCAGAAAAAGGGCAGUGGAGAUUACAGGUGUGGUUUCUGCUAUAUGGAGUUGGACCAUCUCUCAGCAGGCAUCUACAAUGUCAUACCUACCACUUUCCUGCCUAAUCAAGAAGGGCCCUUCUUCCUAGAUUUUUUCAGUGCAACUCCUCUUAGAGUGUCUCAGCUCCAGUGACAACUCAUUAGCCAUGAAUGUAAGCUGUUCCACCACAAAAGCUUGGUGAUAAAGGCCUUUUUUCCUAUCAGUUUCUCACUGAUAUGGACAUGUCUGCUCCUGUCUGUUCUCAUCUGUUUGUGCCACAGAGUAUAGUCUAACAGAUCAGAGACUGUUUACUUGGGAUUCUCUGGUUGAUCUGGCUCUCAUGGUCAUUGCUUGCAAUGAGAUAUUAAUCUGUAAGAAGACACAUGCUCCCAAAGAAAUUGUGUUUGCAAUAUGGGUGCAUACAUAUUUAUUUUAUUCCACUCAGGAGACUGCAAUAAACUGUUGAAAUGUA